AAAACCUUCAGUCUGUAAAUUAACUUCUUGACAAUCGGUGUGUUCCGUGGCAUUUAUAUUUAUAUACUGUUUUUGUUUUGCUUUCGCUGCAUUAUUAUUAAAUAUGGAAACAAAUAAUAAUACUCUUGUGGAAAUUCCAUUAGAAGACUGGUCAAAACUUCGUGAUCUCUAUGAAAAUCGAAAGCUAGAAUCAAAUUCCUAUAAUAUGAUACAAAAUUAUAUCAAUUGGCUGAAAAAAGAUCCAUCAUUGAAAGAUUUAGUAAAAUUCUAUUCAUUAAACGGUGAUUGGAGUGAUGGAACUUUUGUACUAGAAGAUAAUAAAAUUCACAUCAUGAUGAACACUCUUUCAGAGUCUCAAGAACGUCUUCUAACAGCUCUUAAUUGUUUUGAUAAGAAACCAUCUCGUAGUCUAUGUGCUGUUCCUCUACGAAUUAAGCAAACAAUAGAAACAUAUUUAAUCGAUUUGGGAAUUGAAAAGGAGUCUUUUAAAUUUUCUAGAACCAUUUGGCAUCAUAUUGAUAUGAAGACAGCUCUGACAUUUGAUACUACUCCACCAAAAGGAAUAACUCUAUCUCAACUUCAAGAAGAACAUAUUGAUACUGUCAAUAAUGUAUGGCCAUUUCGUACUACCGGCUCUGAAGUAUUUGUUGGCCGAUUAAUUCGAUUUAAUCAAAGUAUUGGUGCAUUUGAUGAGAAUGGAAAAUUAAUUUCUUGGUGUUUGACACUUCCAAUUGGUGCCUUAGGAUUAUUACAAGUAGAAGAAAGUCAUAAACGUAAAGGUUUUGGAAGUCUUAUGGUUCGAUGUAUGGCCAAAAUGAAUGCUGAAAGAGGUGUAGAAACUAUUGCACCAGUUGUAGAUGAAAAUACUGCAUCGCGAGCAAUGUUUAGGGGUUUAGGUUUUCAAGAAAUUGAUCAAGUAUUUUGGUUUCAUAAACCUGAAACAGAAUAAGGAAUUUAGAAAAAAUUAAAUAAAUUUUAGCAAAAUUGAAAAACAAACAGAAA